AUGGAGAUUGUUGAUACGAACAUCUUGCCAGUUGGCGAGAAGAUAGAGCGGCCCCUUCAUCUUAGGAGGAUGCGUACUUGGAGACCGCAUUCAAGACCCUAUCCAGAAGUGAUAGUACCCCCGGCGCCACUUUCUCCAGAACUUUCACCUUCUCCUGUACUGCCUUCAAGACCCUGCUCUGAGGUGAUGGAUCCAUCGCCUCCUAGUGCCGAUGCUGCUAUUGAUGAAUCACAACUUUCCCCAGCUCUUGCACCUUCACCUGAUCUGUUUGUGGAAUGUGGUGGUAGUUCAAUCAGCAGCACACCAUCUAGGAAGCCGGUACAUCGUAUUCGUCCUCGUCAGACUUUCCAAGACGAUGAUAUUAGUUUUCAUUUAAAUUAUGGAAGCGAACCGGAGUCUAACGAAAGCGACGAUGAUGAGGGAGUGAUACCGGCGUUUGUACCGAGGAAGUUCCGGUUGAUGAUGGACACGGCAGAAACUGAUGAUUAUCCCAUCAAUUUUGAACGGCCUACC